AUGGCACUCACUCUCUUCCGACGCCUAACAUUUUGCUGGCUGGCUGCUAGCCUGGUGACUGCUGCGCCUGCGUACCCAAACGCGGAGGUUCACGCUUUGGGAGGGUUAACCCCUACCGGUGAAACUUACACUCUCGGUGGUUUGCGGUAUUUUGCGCAUCCUGCUUCGGACGGGAUUCUGAAUAUAACAUCAUCGCUCUUGUCGCUCAAACCUGUGGGAGCGCAUGUUCCUCUGACAGUUGUUCUCGUCGACGAUCCUUCCUUCGACGAAUCGGUAUUUCAGGGAGCCGUCGAAAGGUACAAAGCCAGAGACGAUGUUUUCCAAGAAGGGUUUCUGAAUACUGUUUAUGUCAAGUAUAACGGCUCAGGGGAGCCACAAAAAGUGAGGAAAUUGAAGCAGGCCAGAGAGCUGUUUAACUCCCACUUGCUUGUUCUCUCAGAGCAUUACGCCAAUUCCGGCAACCAAAUUGUCGAAUCAAGCAGUGAUCUGGCCCCUGGGCCCUAUUUCUUGGAUAUCGCGACUGGUAGCGUGCACAAAGCAUACCGGCUCUAUUCAGACGUGCAACAAGCUUUUGUUUCUGGAUUGAUUCCGCAAUCCGACAGUCGAUUUGCCAUACUGCCAGCUGCUGUUCCAGGAACCGAAUCCGCUACAAUUGGUGUGCCUUCUAGGCUUUACAGUGAGAAGUCACCAGAUAAACCUCUGGCUGGGUAUCGUUUCGGCGCCAAGGAUAUAUUUGAUAUCGCAGGAGUCAAAACUGGCUGCGGGAACAGGGCGUAUUAUUCUCUUUAUCCAGAGCGCAAUGUGACAGCAUCCGCUAUACAAAUCCUUCUUGAUGCUGGGGCCGUUCUUGUUGGCAAGAUGAAGACAUCCCAAUUCGCAAAUGGGGAGAUUGCCACUGCCGAUUGGGUCGACUACCACGAGCCAUUCAAUCCCCGAGGAGACGGAGAACAAGACACAUCAUCCUCAUCAGCAGGGCCGGCGGCCGGUAUUGCCUCCUAUGACUGGCUAGAUUUUGCUAUCGGUUCAGACACAGGGGGAUCGAUCCGAGACCCUGCUGGAGCGCAAGGUAUUUAUGGAAGUCGCCCUUCUCAUGGCGCAAUUUCUCUAGACCAUGUAAUGCCUCUUUGCAGUGCGCUGGACACCGCCGGUAUCUUCGCGCGUGAGGCUGAGCUAUGGAGGUCUGUAGCACGUGUGUGGCUUCAUGACUUCCAGGAUUACACUGAAUAUCCUUCAAAGAUUAUCUACCCUUUAGAAUAUUUCUCUAUCGCGGCGCCCAGUUCCCCAGCAGGCGUGUUAGUUGAGAAUUUUGUCUCUAGAUUGGAAAGUUUCUUAAAUGGUAAAAGAGAAGUGAUCGGUCUGGAUGAUUUGUGGAAUGCCACCAAACCUUCUGUGGACCUGGCCAGUCUGGAUGAUUUGUUGUUCAAGACGUAUUCGGAUUUGAUCUCCAUUGAUCAGAUUAACCUCCUAGGGAACCCUUUUAUCGCAGAUUACUCCCAAGUUCAUGAUGGUCGCACGCCAUUCCUUGAUCCUUCCUCGGAGGUGCGUUGGACCUGGGGCCGCGCGCAACCCCCUGGCACAUUCGAUGAGGCCAUGACAAACAAAACAAUCUUCAAAGACUGGUUCAAUAACUACGUGGUUGUGAAGAAUACGAAAACCUGCUCUGACAGUUUGUUUGUGUAUCCCCUCACCGUGGGUCAAACAGUUUAUCGGAAUAUAUACCGGCAAGUCCUUUUUUUUGGCCUGAUUGAAGCGGCCUGCUGGAACGACAGGCUUACUAAUAGUAUGACUAUAGCAAGCCUCCAAUCCCACCACUAG